CUGGGAAGAAGGUGGCCGGCGGAGCCAUGGACCGGAGGAAGAAGCCGCUGGAGGUGGCCGCCUCCUCGUUGGUAGAUCUCAAAGCAGAGCUCUUCCGAAAGCAAGAGGAAUUCAAGAAAGAAAAGCUCCUGAAAGAUGCUGGCGUCUUCCCAAAGCCCAGGACUUCAAAUAAGAAACCAAGUAUCUGGAACAAACAAAACACAGGAGUUGCAAAUCGAGCUGAGAAAGAUGCUGAGCAGAAGCAGGAAGAGGAGCACAUCCUGGAUACAUCAAGGAAGAAACUAGAAGAGAAAGCAAAGCUCUAUGAGAAAAUGAGCAAAGGCAACUUUCCAGAUGAAGAAACGGAGGAUUUGUACCUAGUGGAUUUCACACAGAAGAUCAUAGACAAACAGCACGAGGUGCAGGAGCUGUAUCAGAGCGAAGAUGCUGGAAAGACUUUGGAAAAAGACACAGAUGAUGAGGAUGCUCAACCUGAAAUGGAAAUACCACCACCUGAGGACCCAGAUGAAGAAUGGGUUGAUUAUGUUGAUUUCUUGGGCCGAUCUAGACGCUGUAUGAAGAAGGAUUUGCCAGAUCUACUUAAAAUGGAUCAGGAACUGCAAGGGAAGAGACUAGUUCCUGAUGGGAAUACUCUGUUAUCUGAAGACAUGAAAAGAGAACUUCAGAGGCAGCAGUGGGAAAAAGAAGAAGAAGAAGCCCUCAGAAAACCCAUGGGACCCAUACAUUAUGAGGACAUCCGAGAAAAUGAGGCCAGGCAGCUGGGUGUUGGGUACUUUGCCUUUUCUCGUGACAAAGAACUUAGGCAUAAACAACGAGCAACGCUGGAUAUGCUCAGAGAGCAGACACUUGAUCAGAGAACGAAACGUGAACAGCUGAAGGAGAAAAGGAAGGCAGCUCUGGAUGCAAGGCUGUCUAAACUGCGAGCACGGAAGAUUAAAAAAUUAAGGGAAGCUGGAUUAGAGGAAGAGGCAUUGAAACUGGAGAAUGGAGAAGUGAAAGGUGCUACUGAUGAACCAGAAGCUCCAAAAGUUCCUGCAGCAAGUAGAAAGGUAGAGGUUGUGAUCCAGGAGAGAAGAGAUACAAAGCCCGGUGUGCCUCAUGUCCGAGAGUGGGAUAAAGGCAAAGAAUUGAUGUUUGGACAGUGGAUGAAGAAACAGGAAGAACUCAGAGAUGAGCGAGACCCAGAAUUUGCACCACCUUCUGCAUACUUCUUGGGACAAAAGAAAGGUGGUGAUUAUACUAGGCAGAAUUCAGAACCAAGUGAUACCUCCCCUGAAAAACUGGAACCAGAGACAGGACAAAACCCAAGGAUGCCAUCAGUGCAGGCCAAUGGCAGCAGUGCUGGAGAAGGGGCACCAUCCGUGCAGGCUUACAACAGCAGAGUUCGAGAUGAGUUAGCAUCAGCAGAACCCUGUGGCAGUAACACUCAAGAUGUGCCAUCAUCAGAAGAUGACAGCAGCGAUGAUGAGGAUAUGCCACCAUCAGCACAGGCUUAUGGUUAUGGUGCUCGAGGUGUGCCACCGCCAAUGCAGGCUUAUGGCUAUGGUGCUCCACAUAUGCUGUCAUCAGUGCAGCCUUAUGGCUAUGGCAGUCAUGAUGUGCCAUUUCCAAUGCAGCAUUAUGGCUAUGGCACUCCGGGCACACUUCCACCAAUGCCGGCUUAUGGCUAUGGUGCUCACAACAUGCCAUUCCCAAUGCAGGCCUAUGGCUAUGGCACCCAGGAGGUACCUCCGGCAAUGCAGCCCUGUGGAUGCAGCACCCAGGAUGCACCUCCAGGAGUGCACCCCUAUGGUUGCAGUGCCCAAGAUGUGCCUCCAGGAAUGCAGCCCUGUGGUUACAGCGACCAGGAUGUACCUCCAGGCGUGCAGUCCUGUGGUUACAGCAACCAGGAUGUCCCUCCAGGGGUGCAACCCUUUGGUUACAGCGACCAGGAUGUACCUCCAGGGGUGCAGCCCUGCAGCUACAGUGACCAGGAUGCAGCUCCAGGGGUGCAGCCCUGCAGCCACAGUGAUCAGGAUGCAGCUCCAGGGGUGCAGCCCUGCAGCCACAGUGACCAGGAUGCAGCUCCAGCAGUGCAGCCCUGUGGCCACAGUGACCAGGAUGCAGCUCCAGGGGUGCAACCCUGCAGCAGCAGUGACCAGGAUGCAGCUCCAGCAGUGCAGCCCUGCACGCACAGUGACCAGGAUGCAGCUCCAGGAGAGCAACCCUGCAGCAGCAGUGACCAGGAUGCAGCUCCAGGGGUGCAGCCCUGCACCCACAGUGACCAGGAUGCAGUACCUACAGCACAGCCCAAAAGCAGUGGUGAUCAAAAUCAGGAGACGCUUUACCAAAGUCUAGAUGCUAUGCUGUCAUAUUACAGACAAGUGAGUCGAACUGAGCAAAACACUAAGCAAGAGUUGUGAUGUAAAGAACUGAAAGAGAAUUAAUUACCUUCUGGGCAAGAAUACUAUUUUCCUGCAUCUGGGAAAUGUAUGUUUCUGUAAGUAGAUCAAAAUAAACCUGGAGAGCGAAGCUAGUUUGCAUCACAAGUGAACUUCUGCCCUGUUGGUGGUUCUUCUUAUUAAAAUUACCGGAGGUUUUGUGCAGUAAUGAGUUUAGUACCUAUUUAAUUUUAACUCUUUUACACGGGAACUUUGCAGUAUAUUAAUGGCUUUCUUUCGAAAGACUAACUCUUCUUACACUGGUGCUCCCCACCUAGCUUCUGCUCUGGAGGUACUAUGUGUUCAGUUCUGUCUGUAGAAAUGGUUAUUUAAAAGGCAGGUUCCCUGCUGCUAAAUACAGGGUGGUUUUAAGAAAUUUGUCACCUACUGAAUCUCCUGCCUUUAGGAAGUGCAGAAUAUUAUCUUGUAAACAGUGGUCUUUUGUCCAUUCCUAAUGGCUUCUGCAUUCCUGAGAUAUGUGUGUAACUUGUAAUUCAGUGGAGUGGAGAGAGGCAUUGCAGAGAUCAAUAACUAAUGACAGUUAGACUACAAAUAAAUCCACAAAAGCAGCAGUUUUGACACCUGAAAUUACUGGCGCGCUGUUUCA